AUGAACAACAAGGUGACAGCAGAGUUCCUUGAUGACAGGUACUUGGAGGAGUUCAGGGGCAACCCCAGAUGGAAGAUUAAACAGAUUCAGGACAGGGCCUUAAAUGACUUGGGGAUCAAAAUUACAUACUCCAAGGCUUGGUUGGCUAGAAGCAGGGCAAAGCUUAUAAUAUAUGGCUCUUCAUCAGAGCAAUACUCAAAGGUUUGGGACUAUGGGAAGGCACUGCUGAAAUGGAACCCAGGGAGUGAGUGUAAUGUGGUGGUGGAUGAUAUUAAUCAAAUUGAAAGACCAAUUUUUAUGAGGAUGUUUGUGUGCUUAGCUGCACUUAGGGAUGGAUUCAUUUCUGGUUGCAGACCAGUAAUUGGGGUGGAUGGGUGCCAUCUAAAAGGGGCAUACCCUGGGCAGAUCUUGGUUGCAGUUGGAAAAGAUGGCAAUAAUGCCAUCUUCCCAAUUGCUUGGGCAACUGCAGAGAUUGAGAACAAGGACAGCUGGUGCUGGUUUCUGGAGAGCUUGCUCAAGGCACUUUGUGUGUAUGACCAAGGAGAUGGCUUGACUUUUAUGUCUGACAGACAGAAAGGUCUCAUAGAAGCAUUUGCAGAUGUGGCCCCCAAAGCUGAGCUAAGAUUUUAUGUGAGGCAUAUUUGGUCAAAUUUCAAACUGAAAUUUCAUGGUGCAACUUUCAAGGAAUUGUUCUGGGCUGCUGCUAGGGCAAGCACUCUGUUUGAGUUUGAAGUUGCUAUGGAAAGUAUCAAUUUUUUGGAUGAAGAAGCAUACCAGUGGCUGUCAAACAUUGACCCCCAGCACUGGUCAAGGCAUUCUUUCUCUACAAACUGCAAGUCUAACUUGUUGUUAAACAACAUGUGUGAGACAUUUAAUGCAGUGAUUAGAGAUGCCAGAGACAAGCCUAUUCUAACUCAAAUGGAAUGGCUUAGAAGAUAUAUGAUGAAGAGGAGUAAUGACAAAUGGGAGGCAGCAAAGUCUUGGGAAGGUUUACUAACCCCAUUUGUCAACAAAGUCUUUAAUGGGUUGGAGAAGUAUGCCAUGACAUGUGAGGUUACAGCUUCAAGGGAUGAAAUUUAUGAGGUGAAAUACAAGGAUGAUCAGGAUGAUCCUGAGUUGUAUGUGCACCCACAUUACUAUAGGGUGACAUACUUGGCUGCAUAUGAGAACCCAAUACAGCCAAUGUCUGGCCCUAAGAAUUGGGAAAAGGUCAAGCUCAGACAGCCUUUGCCACCUAUGCUGAAAGUGCAGCCAGGAAGACCUAAGGCAAAAAAGAGAAAGCUUGAACCAGGGGAGGUCACUUCUGCAGCACCUGAGGGCAAGAAGCCAAAGGUGAAGAAACAAUGCAAGAACUGUGGUGGGUUUGGCCACUUUGCCAAAACAUGCAAGGCUGAAGCAGCACCAGAACAACCUAACCCACCUGCAACAAAUCCAAAGGGUGGGGGGCCACAGAUGCAGACUCCUUGGCUUAAGGAACAGAGAAAGAAAAGUGAAGAGAAAGCAGCAAGACAGGCUGCACUGAAGUUGCCACAAUAUCAGCCUCCAACAACAGCACAGGCUGAGUCAAGUAAUGCUGCACCUGCAACUGCUGUGUCAAGCCAGCCUGCAACAAGAACAGAGCCUUUGCCAACUCAGCUUGUUACCAGGAGCAACAGGAGCCUGAGUCAGCCCACAAGAGUGCCAACAACUACUCCUCCCAAAGUCAAAAUACAGACCAGGUCCAAGCUUCAUGUAAUGACAAGCAAGAAGGACAAGGAUCUCAAUCAACUGUGACCCUAGGUCUACUCAUUAGUAUUUUGUAAUAGACAGCCAAGUUUAUUUGGUAGUUGAACAAUGAU